AUGAAAUUCAUCAUUGAAUUGCUGUUUGAAACGGCUGAAUUGAAUGGUUUCGAUGGGAAUAUUCUUGCGAAAUUAGCUGAGAUAAGCGUUGAAAAUGGCGAUGUUGUAGAGAAAUGGUUGAAGAAAAUUCCACCGAUCGAACGAGCUGUAUCUGUAAGACAUCCACUGUAUGAAAGAUUUAUGAACGUUACGAUUCCUGAACGAAUUUAUGCUCAAAGUAAUGAUAAUAUUAAUGGUAAUGAAAACGCAAUGCUGGCUGUUUGGUGCAUCAGUAAGGAUAUCGUGAGAUCAUCAAAAGUUGAGCAACUUCGAGUGUUGAUUGGCUAUCUGAAGUUGAUUGAGAUGGAAAAACGUGCGACAGCCUUACUAAUAGCGAUGUAUAAUUUUGAGUUGAUCGCAUCGCUGGAAGAGCGUCUCCGGUUACUGCUUCAACUGAUUUCGUUAUCGAGAGUCGACGGGCAUUCCUUGAAAGUAAGUUACUGCGUGAAUUAG